AAGAAGAAGAAGCAAAAAAAAAAAAAAAGCCGCCAUCGCUUUAUGAGUAGGAGUGAAAUCUGAGAAUACCCUGCAGUAACUUAAAAAUAUGAUGAGAGUGGGCCAAACUGCACACUGCGGGAAUUCCCUGUGCAAAACCUAUAUUUUAACUCCCACACGCACAUUUUCAUGGCCUCACUUCAGCAAACUUCCUCAAACAUGCCGUUAAACCAUACUUCCUCUGUUCGGAGCGCGCUCACUUCCUACAUAGUUCAAUAAGUAGCUGAGAUCCACAGCGGAGUGUGCGUGCUUGCAGACGGACCCGCUGCUCGCGCUGGGAUUAACGAACGUAAACGCGGAGUAUGUUCGGAGAUUGCUGAAGUAGAUCCGGUAGAUCUGAGUGCUCCAUCCCUCCAGCAUGCAGAGCAUCAAGUGUGUGGUUGUGGGAGAUGGUGCGGUGGGGAAAACCUGCCUGCUCAUCUCUUACACCACUGGCGCCUUCCCCAAAGAGUACAUCCCCACCGUGUUUGACAACUACAGCUCUCAAGUGAGCGUGGACGGCCGUACCAUCAGCCUCAACCUGUGGGACACGGCGGGACAAGAGGAAUACGACCGCCUGCGCACACUCUCCUACCCCCAGACCAACGUGUUCGUCAUCUGCUUCUCCAUCUCUAGCCCGCCCUCCUAUGAGAACGUCAAGCACAAGUGGCAUCCCGAGGUGACGCACCACUGCCCCAGUGUGCCUAUUCUCCUUGUGGGCACCAAGAGCGACCUGCGCAACGACCCUGAGGUGCAGAAGAAGCUGAAAGAUCAGAACCAGGCCCCCAUAACGCUGCAGCAGGGCCAAGCGCUCGCCCGCCAAAUCCAUGCGGUCAAGUACAUGGAGUGCUCGGCGCUCAGCCAGGAAGGCAUCAAGGACGUGUUCGCGGAGGCUGUUCGUGCUUUCCUCAACCCUCAGCCCGCUGCGCAAAAAAAACCCUGCGUGCUCCUCUGAAAACCAAGACCUGAGAAAUAUGCAGAGAAUUUGAUAUUAAUAUUAUAAUAAGAAAUGUAUGACGAGAAUCAGUCUUUUGGAAACAGAUUGCAGGAGGAGUCAGGAGUCAGUUAGCUGGUGCUUGUUAUUUACAAGCUGUGAAAAUAGUAAUUAAUGCUGUACACCUGGACAAACAGACAGGGAACAAGCACAUCAGUCAAGUUUGAAGGAAAUUCUAAAGCACAUAGAAUAUUUUUUGCCAUUCUUAAUCACAUAAUGGUAUUUUGAGCAUGGAAGAUAAAUGAUUGUGGAUUUUAUGACCUCAUGAAAAGUUUUAUGCCUCAUUCGAAAGAAAUUUACACAGUUUUCCCUUCAGCACAAGUGUAGUAACAAGUCAUGGAAGUCUAUUUCACCUAGGCGUGUCACGACUAUGAAAUUUGGGCUGACGAUUAACUGUCAUACCACUGAUUAUGAUUAAUGACGGAAUUAUUGUUUCUGUUAACCUUAUACCACUCGUAAGCUUAACAGUAGUGUAAUUAUUACAUUAAUGGUAUUUUAUAUAUAUACUAUUAUAUACUUAUGUACUAAAUCUUUUUGAUCUACAGAAUGUUUGAACUAAAGGUGAACUACUAAUUAAAACUGUUAGUUAUGAAUCUUAAUGCCUUUAACUGAGAAUGAUUAUUUUGUGAUACUGCCGUGAAUUGGUCAUAUCGCUGAGAAAUUUUUUUUGAGCAUUUAUAUCUCAAAUAAUCCUGAGUAGCUUGAACAAUUCCUCGAUUGUGAAGUUAGUAAGGAAUAAAACAGGACAAGGCGUGCUGUAAUAAAUAAUAAAUAAUGAUGGGUUAAAUGUUUUCCUAUAAUGGCACGUCCUGUUCUUCUUAUACCACAACAAUUCCAAUACAAGAGAGACACCUGAUACUUACUAUUUUUAUAUACAUACUAUUUUUUCUCUCUCUUGAGGAUAAUAAGAAAAAUGUAAGCUUGUUUUGCUUCUGAGAAACUAGAAAGAGCAAACUCCUCUGUCCUCAGGACUUCCCUGUGACAGAAAACCUAAAGUUAAAGCUUUAACUUUGACACUUGAGACUCCUUUAAGGAAUACUAAAAAAAACAUCUCUUCAAUUACACGUUUAUAAAAAAAAAAGAUCGUCCACCCUGUGUAAGUUGAUACUAGAGAACAUUAAAAUAAGAGAAUUAAUAUCAACCUUAUUAUAAACAAAAUUAUGACCAAUCAGAAUUAAGCAUCCAACAGAAUUAAGCAUCCAUUAUAUCAGUGUGAUAUAAUCAUAAUUUGGCCAAAAAAAAAAAAAAUCUAUUCGGCAUGAAAUAGACAUCUGUGUAAGCAUGUCAUGGCUGAUGGACUACAUUUGAAGUAAAGAGAAAAUUGUGUGAAUUUGACUUUUGGUGAUUAAUGAGUCAUUGAAAGUACUAUAAAUAACUAUAUAGUUAAUGCUUUUGUGCAAUCAGGGGCUUGAGAUUACAGGAUAUUCUAGUACGUAUAUAUAUAUAUAAAAAAAAGCUUUUAAAUGUCUCAAGGUGCUUGUUGAACUACAGGAUUAGAGCUUGUAGAGACUGUAUCUAUGGUCACUUGGCUUCAUGUGCUGGUAGAGUUCAGACGUAAGCACAGGCUGUGUCAGCUGCAUGAGCAGCUGCAGGCAUUGCAGUGCAGGGAAACCUCAGUUAUGCAUUGACCACACUACUUCCCCAUUAGUUCGAUUUGAUUGGAGGAAACAAGCAUCUUGGCAGCCUAUUCAGGAAGCAAAGGCUCCAGUAGACAUCACACCACCUCCAUUCUCGUUUACUGUUUCCCAGCAGGACAGGGUGGGGCUUCAGUGGGAAGCUGCUCGAAUUAGAAAACCUGUCACUUUCAGCACUUGAUGACUGAACUGGAAUCAGCUUGCAAUAUUUUUAAAUUUUAAUUAUAUUGAAUAUUAUAAAGACCACACUCAUUGUUAUGAACAGUUAUGCUUUAAGACAAAAGAGAGUCCCUUCAAAAAACUCUCUUACUGUCCUACCCAACAUGCCAAAACAAAACAGUAGUUUUUUUUACUCAUGAAUAGAAACCAUACAAGAGAUUUGGCCGUCAAUAGAGUUUCUCAAUACUGAACCCGUUACUCGAAAUAAACAACACAAAAACCUUGUGACUUAUUAGUAGUCAAUCAGAGGGCUUUCAGUUCCCAUGAGUCCCUGGGGACAUGUACAUGAAUCAGCAAGCCUUGAAGCUAGAACACAAAUGCUACUUCAUCUGGUUACUGACAGUCCAGUACAAAGCUGUCCUUCAGUUUUACACCACAUCAAGUGACACAUUAAGGGCCCAAAACCUGACCCAGAUGUAUUUUGAUUUAUUUGAUUACAAGCAGAAUAUGCAUCAGGAUGAGUGCUCAAAUUCGCAGUUCAAAGCAUGUCGAGCUCUGAGUCUAGGCUCCACGAGCUGAAACGGCAGUACGCAUACACCCUACUACUGCUCAUGAUUUCCAAUGCAUUUGCUUAACAAUGUUACUGAGAUUUUUUCACUUUUUACAUGUUUUUUUUUUUUAUAUGCCUUUGAGAUGUUUAUUAAGGUACCAUGCUCAUUUGGUGUUGGGGGUGGGGAGGGGUGCUGGGUGGAUUAAUUUCAAAAGUUACAUGGUGUCAAAAAGAGUUGAAUUCAAUACUGAGACAUAUUUAUAUUAUGUAAUUGCAUUUAUAGAUGCAUGUUGAAAGCAUGUACAACUUCUGACAUUCAAAAUGGAAAUAUCGUAUCCAAAGAAAAUGGGGGAAAGGACGCAUUAAAAUAGUCGGUUUUAAACUUUUUUUUUCCUCAAACAGAGUUUACUGUAUGCUAAAUAGAACUAAGUAUAUGUGUGGCACAACUUGGCCACAAAUUCAAUUCAGUUCAAUUUUAUUUGUUUAGUGCUUUUAACAAUGGACAUUGCCACAAAACAGCUUUACGGAAAUGUCUAAAUUCAGGUAUAAAUUUGAAAUGUGUAGGAAUUUCAUAAAUGCUUAUGAAUUUCAGCAGAGUGAAAUUCAGGACGCAGACGCAGGACAGAGCUCAGUGUCAUUGUGCCGGGAAUAAACAAGACAAGGAAAGCUCGUCUCCUCCUCAGUUCUCAGAGCACGGCCAGCAGGGCAUUUUGUGCUGAUCCACAGGAAGUAAUCUUCCUCCUGGAAACAGUAAAGCUGGGGAAGGGUUCAUAUUUCGACACACUCCACGGACCCCAACCCCCCCCGGAGCCUGUCUGCUCUUCACCACAUCCCCUUGCGUCUACUUCCAUCUUUCUGACACCAAUCUUAUUAGUCAGAGUCUCAGCAAUGUCUCUGCACACCUUUAAUCCACUUGUAUGUAAAAUGUUUAACAGUUCGUAAUUUAUUUUCCUAAAUUCCUGGUAUUUUUGUUUAAAAUGUUUUGAUGCAAAUGAACACAGCUUCCAUGUCAUGUGUUGUAAAAUUAAAGCAAUCUCUACUUACAA